GGCGACGCACGCGGGGGGCGGGGCGGAAGUGAGCGGGCGGCGGCGGCGGAAGUGGCUGCGCGCGUCGGGGGCUCAAGAUGAAUUCCAGAGGCACUGCUUCUCUGUUGAAGGACAGUAUCUCAUUUACAGACGUUUCAGCUGCAGGGCUGUUUGAAGGUCAUGAUCUUCUGCGCAGGGGCUUUACAAGUGUGAAAAAUGAAUUGUUGCCCAGCCACCCACUGGAGUUGACAGAAAAGAAUUUCCAGUUAAAUCAAGAUAAAACAAACUUUGCCACACUGAGAAACAUCCAAGGAAUCCAUGCACCUUUAAAGCUGCAGAUGGAAUUCAGAGCAGUGAAACAGGUCCAGCGUCUACCAUUUCUUCACAGCUCAAACAUGGCAAUGGAUAUUUUGAGGGGAAAUGAUGAAUGCAUUGGUUUUGAGGAUAUCCUUAAUGAUCCUUCCCAGAGUGAGGUUAUGGGAGAACCACACAUGAUGAUGGAGCACAAGCUUGGUUUAUUGUAACAAAAUAUACUUCAGAAAAACGUUUUGUGUGUGUCUUUCUAGUGCAGAUCUAAGUACAUGGUACUAAAUUGACACUCACAGUGUUAAGCAAGCAGACUUAGUUAUCACUUGCCUUCCUUAAUGAAAAGGCACAUUAAAUGUUUAAUGUCUCUAAAUUGUUCUGUGCUUGUUACCAAUCAUACAAAUGUCCUGUAAAGUUUAAAUAAUGCCUUUUCAUAUACUGCUCAGGACAAUAGCUUCUCAAAUAUGGAAAUGCUAUAUGUGUAUACAAGAAAUUCAAAAGUAUCCAGGCAUUUUAAAACUGACUACUGUGGUAAAUGCAUUUAAUGGGGGAAGAGGAAGGUAUUUUCCGUUGCAUAACUCUUUGUUCAUGAAAAUUUCCAUACACUUUUUAAACUAUUGAAUAAAAGUUUGCUAUAAAUGCUGUUGUAUUUCAAAGUAUAUUUAAUCCUAAAUGAAGAAUCUCUUAUCCGUGA